CGAGCGUGGUAACAGACGCUUGAUGGUGCUACUGGCAACCACCACUGGGAAAGGAAGAUUUUGUUUACACUUAAGUUAGGCCUACACACGUUAAAUUAUUUGUGAUAUCAGAACAUAAACGAAUUUUCGGUUUUCUGUUACCUUCGUUUUGUAAAACUUGUUUAUUGCGUGUUCACAGAAAAUCAAGCUGAUUACUUCAGAUAGAUUGUAUCGCCAGCCUUAGGCCUAACUAAGGACUCAUUCACGCCUAGAGAGGCCUAGGCCCUACAGUCAAUAUUUUCCCGGAAUGAACAAUGAUUCCCAUAGACUUAAGCCUAGGCUAGACCACUUUAUUUACUCAGGUGUAGGCCCCAGCCAGGAUCCAUCGAUAUAUCAACUAUAGUAGAUGAAUUAUUGAUUUCAUUGUUUACAUGAUUUCGAAAUGAAAAAUGAGUUCCACACUAAAAGACAGACUUCAGAAAAGACGUAAAGACUUGCGGGAAUCUAUGACAGACUCUGGACUGCAAGAUGAAACAUCUGCCUUUGAAAUGAGCUCCAGAACGCCACUUAGAUCUGGUGCGAAUUUGAAGGUUAGUGACAAAGAAGAUGGAAACUAUAGUGGCUCGGAUGUCGAUAGAAUAGAAGAAUUACAAGAUGCAGAAAACUUAGUGGAAAACCUCGCAUCAAUGAGGGAAGAGAAGAAGAGGGAGUUGUCAACUGCUUUGGAAUCUGCUGAUGAUGUUUCUGGAGUUCAGUCCUUUAAAACAAAACCAAAGAAGAAGGGAAAAGCCAAAGCACAAGCCUUUCAGGAAGAAGAUGAGAUUCCAAUGAUACCAGAUGAGGAAAAGGGAGGAAGUGGAGGUAGUGAGAAGGAGAACAUCCCUAUCAGUACAAAACCCAAAGCAAGGCGAUCUAGAGAACCAAUGAGUAUGGAUGAGGCAGUGCUUGCUGCUAAGACUGGAGUGUCUCCCGGAGAUAAAGCACAGCCUAGUUUCAAUACUGCCAUCAAGGAGAGGAUUAGAAGAAAAAUGCAGCAAACUAAAGAGAAAGCUGAACAGAAAAUGAAGGAAGAGGUUGAAAAUGAUAAGGAAAAAGAUCGACCAGCAAGACGUUUGAGGUUACGACCAAGAACCACAGCUACAACACGGUUUGAUGACCCUUCAUUGAUGACUAAAGAGGAACGGGCAAAGGAAGAAGAGAAAAAGAAGAAAGAAGAAGAGGCCGAAGCAGCUGCAUUAGAAAAAGUAAAACAAUGGAAGGAUGCUGUUACUACAAAGAGGAAAGAUCUACCAAGUAAUGAGAUGUGCUAUGACUUCUUCACGAAGAACUUUGAAGAACCACCCAAAUCACCAGUAGCUUCUCAAGAAGAGCUUGCAGGUCCUAGCACUUCUGCCAGAGAGGAGGAUCCAGAAGCUAAGGAAGGAGAGACGGAUGAGGCACAGCCAUUGACGUCAGACGCGUUUGUUCACAAUGAAGAUUGGCGUGAUCAACCAAUAGAAUAUCUUGGGCCUGAUUAUUUGACGAUGCAUGAAAGGGAUGAGAAAUUAGAGGGAUAUUUUUUUGUGCCAAGUGUGAAAACAAUUCCUCCUGAAGAUAAGAUCUCAGAAGAUGUUGAGCCUCGAUAUCUAGAAGAUGAAGGUUUUUAUGUUGGUGUCCGACCCCAGGUCACAAGAAGGAACCAAAAUGUUAUGGAGGCUCGACUUUUGAUGUCAUCUAACAAGGGUAAGAAUUGGUUUGGUGAUGAUGGGCGAAUAAAAGCCUUACCCAACCCCAUCAAAGCAAUCCCAUCUAGGCCAAGGAUUCUUAACUCAGAAGAUAUUGAAAUAGGCUUGCAAACUGUGUACAGAGGACCGGUUUCUUCAGAAUUUGAUAAUCGCUUCAUUGAUGGUCAUGGUGAUGAUUAUGGUCAAUAUCAACUAGACCUUGAUGUCAACAUGCUCAUCUUUACCCACCAUUCCUUGUUCAGCAAGGAACAUGUGUUGGCCACAAGGCUCCAGCAGUUGUUUGACCAAUACCUCACCUCAAGCAAGAAAGGACUUGGGGACUACUACUCAGAUAAGUUGAAAGUGCUCAAAUCUGCUUUACUGAAUCUUCGAGAACAAGUUGUGAAUAUGAAAGAGAGAGAUGCUGACCUACCUAUUAUACCUGAUCUUGAGCAUAGGGUGCUAGACUACCAAAAGGAAGUCAGACAAAUACGAAAGAUGCGUGAUAGUGAGAUGUUGAAUGACAGAACACUUCUUAAAAACAUGCUGCACACCUGGAGAGAAAUCAAAGUCCUGAGAGAAAAACAAGGCUGCACAAAUACACCACUCAAAUUAACCAUCAGAAAGGAGGAAUCGGACAAAGCUGCUGAUGAACAAGUCUGGAAACUAGACAUGGCGGAAGAAUUAGAGGAACUUAGAGAAGAACACCAACAACAAUACAGUAAACAGAUGGAAGUGUAUAAGGCUGAAAUGGAACAGUGGAAAAAAUUCAUGAAAGAAAAGAAGAAAAAAGGUAAGAAAACAAAGAGAGGAUCAAGGGAAGGCUUGACAGAAAGCCAAGGAGAAUCAGAUGCAGAGCCACAGGAUAGUGUUCUUGAAGUUCCUAAGCCAGAUAAACCACAAAAAGAUUUCAAUGAAGAAAAUGAAAAAAUUAUAUUGAAACAAAAAUACAAACAGAUGAGAAGGAAGCCAGGGGAGCCAUACCUAUUUCCUGAGCUCAGCAACACUGCAGUGAUAACGCCCUCUAGUGACUGUGCCAAGGAAGAGCAGAGUCGGAGAAACGAUAUGCAGAAAUCACGGUGCUUCAUCAAGGUACUUAUUAACAAUAAGGAAGUUUCCAGGACUGGGGUCAGAACCUUAUCAUCUGAUUUUACCAUUCGAUUUGGAGAAAUCUUUAAUGUUCAGAUAGUACAGUGGCCGGAGAGCAUUAAAUUACAGGUAUUUGAGUCUGGUAUGAUUAACAAUAUGCUUGCUGAAGUUUUCUUGGCAAUACCAGCAACCCGGAUCACAACGGAUGUCGUGGACCUGGAGGAGUUUGACUUCAGUAGCGAUCAAAAAAUAGCUUACACCCACAGUGCUGUUGGAAGUGGCUACACAUUUGAGCUAGGUGAAGGGGAUAACCCCAAACAAGUUACUCCGUUAACCUCUGGCGUCAUAAUGUCCAGUGUGGCUUGGGGGAUGGGAGAGGAUGACCGUCCAUUAAUACCACCACAAUCUCAAGAUCCUAAUGCUGUCAGAGCUCAGCAGCAAUAUGAUGCCAUGUCUGCUUUGGGUGCUGGUGGUGUCAUUGACAUUGAGAAACUUUCAAUGUGGAUUAAUGAAGCUAGACUUGACCCCAAUGACCCAGUCAAUUCCAAUCUCAUCCACACAGUAAAGAUGUUGAGAGGUGGCGAUGGAUCACAAGCUCAGAUUCCUGAUUACUUUCGACUUGAACAACUCCAAGAAGAGUUCAACUUUGUAAGUGAUGAAGAUCUCAACAACUCCAAGCGAUUUCAGAUGAUAGAAUAUCGACAGAAGGAGAUUCCUGAAUUCCGGAAUAUUAAAUUUAUUCCAUGCCAAGAAAAGGAAAUUCAAGAUGAAAUAUUUAAGGAUUAUGAAAGCAGGAAAUAUAAAGAAGAGCAAGGAAUUGUGUCGGCAGACAUGGAACCACACAGAGCAGCUGUUGCCAAGUUCCUUGGCAAGGUACGUGCCCAGGUGAUGGCAAGGUUCCUAGCUGCUCAGCAUCAAUUCUGUCUUGAGGAUGUUGUCAAUGAGGAGGCUGUGCCAAACAUUGGGUUACUCGGUGGUAACCUUCUAAAGCUCGCCCAGCCACGGCGCCCUCUACGACCUCAACGGAAGGAACGCAAGACAGUUACAGCUCAGAAUCUGGCUGGACUUGAUGUCCACAUACUCAUCAAUAUUGAAAGGGCUUUUGAUAUCCCUGUUAGGUCAUCAUCUCCAAGCCCUGGAUUUGGUUCUUCAUCAGACCAAACAACACAGAAUAUUGUGAGGCCUUUUGUUGAGGUGUUAUUCCAGCAAAAUAAGAAAAAAACCACUACAACAGAAGGACCAAACCCCAACUGGAAUGAAGAAAUUGCUAUGCCAUUCAAAGCUCCAAACAAUGACUACUCACCCACCAACUUACAAAGUAUCAAUGACCUGGUUUACUUAAACCUGUUUGAUGAGGUAGUGAUUGACAUGUUGGAAGAUAAUAGACAAACAGCUAGUACUGUCCACCGACGAGUUGAACGACGUUGGCUUGGUAGCAUACAGAUCCCAUUCUCAACCAUUUACUUCCAGGGCAAACUCAACCAGUCAGCAAUGGUUGAGGGCGCUUUUCGUGUGCAGGCUCCAUCUUCGCUUCUUGGUUACGAGCGGGGUCCAGAAAGCUCAGGUAGAACAUAUCUGUCAAUGUUUAUCACCAUUGAGCCACCACUUGCUCCUGUAGAACCAACAAGAGAAAAGUUUGAUUCUAAAGAGGAUGAAAAGCUUCUUGCUUAUGCUGACAAUUUUGUGAUUGAGAUCAAGAAGAAAUUUCCAAAGAGAGAAGUGAUUACAACGGUGAUGGACAUCAAUGGGAAGUCGGUGUUUGUUACACGUUAUUUCCGUCCAUUAACGCCACCACCCAAGGUGCUCGAAGGCGAUAACAAGUUCACCACAAUGGAACGUGUCGCCAGGUUUGUGUCAUUAAUCUCAUUCGUUUCUGACAGUGUUGUGUAUCCAGGUAUCUGUGACAUAUGGAGUACAUGUGAUCAAUUUCUGCAAAUGUUGCAAGGUGAUGAGGAGGAACAUGCAGUCCUUUUAUGUAACUACUUCCUACAAAUGGGUAAGAAAACAUGGGUGCUGAAAGGCUCGGCCAUUCCUGAAGGAUCAACCGUGUAUGUAUUAACUGCUGACGAUGGUGAAUAUAAAAUUUGGAAUCCAUCAACUGGGGAAUGGUAUUAUAAGAAUGACACUUUCUGCCCUUUGAAGUCAGUAAUGGCUUUGAUGAACAAUGAAAAUAUCUGGGCAAAUAUCCAGCCAUCAGAUGCUCCCAAUAUGAUGGAUUUUGAUACUAGCAAGAGUACGUGCUGGAAACCAUUCUUCCAUCGUGGUUUUUCAAACCCAGGACUAUCAAGUGUCCAGCCAAAUGAGCUGGUAUACCAGGAGACUAGUCCACAAAAUGUCCUUCGCCUCCAAGAUAGGAUUGAAAAAGAGCUUCGCGAUGCAAUAAUGAAUUGGCGCCCUCGCCAUAUUACUCGCUGGAAUCGAUACUGCACCCAGGAAUUCCGAAAAAUUCUCGAAACAUUGGAGUUCAAUAAAUCAGGAUCAACAGAAAAUAAAGCUCAAGCUGCUGAUAUUCUUAGCUCUUACAAUCUAUGCGGUUUUCCUCUUCACAUGUCAUACACUGACAUGAGGUCCGUAAUCGAGAAAGUAAGAAGUACAGGAGUCCAUGAGAAUGAAUCAUCCAAUAUUGAGUUUGCUCUUGCCGUCCACAUCCAUCCCUACCCCAAUAAUAUCCUCUCAUUAUGGGUUUACAUAGCAUCAUUAAGUAGGAAGAGGUAAUGACCUGCAUUGCAUCACUACACCCGGAGGUGUAAUGUUGUACUUGGCAAUGCUAAGCUGAAAAAAAUGAUAGUUAUGGUAUCGCUAACAAGGAAGAUGUAAUUGUCUGAAUGGUAUGGAAGUAAUUAUUCUUUGCCAUGAUGACAGAGCUUCGAAAAUUAAAUGAAAAAUUAUGUCUUUUACUGUUAUUUGUACUGGAAAACUAGUUACACCUGGUGGGGUUGUGGGAGCAAUGCUAUAGCAGAACAAAUACAUGGGGAUGGGAGAAAAGAAUGAGUGUGAUGCAAUUAAUCAUAAAAAAAAUAUGGUUAAAAGUAGUGCCUUAUACACUGUACAGUUUUAAAUAAGCCACUUUUUAAUGAAUUAAUGUGUUUUAGAGUUACAGAUAUGCUCAAGUUGGAUAUAUUUUAUCAAUAAUUGUAAAUUAUGUACUUAUAUCAUUAGUAUGCUUAUGAUAGAUCUCAAUGAAAAUAAAUUAAUUUGGAUUAAUUUAUUUAAAUUGUUUACAGACAAAUUUACCUUGAAAGUUCGCCACCUUGAGUCUUGCAUUCUACAGAAUAUGGCUGAUGUAUACAUUGCUGAUAUGCAAGUGUGCUUUCUAUGUUUUAAACUAAAACAUUCAUAUUUUGGAGUGUAUUGUUAAAAUUUCACCUUGUUAAAAAAAACCUUGUAAUGUUUUUAUUUAUCAUAUUUUAUAUUUUAUUUAAUCUUAUAUGUUUCAUUCCAUUCAUAUCAAACAUGAAAGCAUGCAUAUUUGUCUACAGGAAUAAGUAAUACCUUUUCAGUACAGUGGUAUAGUUGCUGUGAUUCCAGUCUAUUAUAGCAAAUAGAAAGCAUCUAUUAUAACAUAUAUUCAAGGUACCUUUAUGUAAAAUAUUUAAAUUUCUUAUAUUUGUAUUCAAAUUAAUAUUGUCAUUGUUAUUCUCAUUCUGUCAUUAAUAAUGAUCCAAUAACUUCAUUUGCCUUCAAAUAUGAAAUUUCAAUAAUGUGUUAAUUAGCAUUAAGCAAAUACAAAAUAAUACAUUACACCAUUGGUGACGUAGGCAUUAGCUACAUUAUGCUAAUGUCAUUCAGCUGAGGAAGGUCCAAGAAAGGUAAUCGAAAGCUAGAGAAUGAACCAGUGUGAACACAUCCAAAUUAUUGUUAUUAAUUUAUUAUUUCAAUAGUAUUAUGAUUUUAUAAUUUAUUCAAGAAAAAUACAAUAUUACAAGAAAUUAAAUCCAAUAAACUAGCUACAUGGAAGACAUAAAAGCAGUCUAAACAACUGUCACUUUUUGAUGUAAAAGUUUGAAUUUA